GCGUUUUGGUAUUUGUUGAUUGGCUGAAAGAAAUGUGGCAAACUGAAAACAUGGCAGUUGAAAAGUCCGGCAUCGCCAAUGAUGUUACUGAAUUGAUUGGCCAGACACCACUGGUUUAUCUCAAUAAUGUUGUGGAUGGUUGCGUUGCUCGUAUUGCUGCUAAGCUUGAAAUGAUGGAGCCCUGCUCUAGUGUGAAAGACAGGAUUGGUUAUAGUAUGAUUACUGAUGCGGAGGAGAAGGGCCUUAUCACACCUGGGCAGAGUGUCCUCGUCGAACCAACUAGUGGUAAUACUGGCAUAGGGUUAGCCUUUAUGGCAGCAGCUAAGGGUUACAAGCUUAUCAUUACAAUGCCUGCUUCAAUGAGCCUUGAAAGAAGAAUCAUUCUUCGAGCUUUUGGAGCUGAGUUGGUUCUAACAGAUCCUGCAAAAGGCAUGAAAGGGGCUGUUCAGAAGGCAGAAGAGAUACUGUCAAAGACACCCAAUGCCUACAUACUUCAGCAGUUUGAAAACCCUGCGAACCCAAAGGUACAUUAUGAAACCACUGGACCAGAGAUAUGGAAAGGCUCUGGAGGGAAAAUUGAUGCAUUUGUUUCUGGGAUAGGUACAGGUGGUACCAUUACAGGUGUUGGAAAAUUUCUUAAAGAGCAGAACCCUACCAUAAAGUUGUAUGGCGUGGAACCUGUUGAAAGUCCUGUUCUAUCUGGAGGGAAGCCUGGUCCUCACAAGAUUCAAGGGAUAGGUGCUGGUUUCAUUCCUGGUGUUUUGGAAGUCAACAUCGUUGAUGAAGUUGUUCAAAUUUCAAGUGAAGAAGCAAUUGAAACUGCAAAGCUUCUUGCUCUGAAAGAAGGUCUAUUUGUGGGAAUAUCAUCUGGUGCUGCCACUGCCGCUGCAAUUAAGAUUGCUAAGAGACCAGAGAAUGCUGGAAAGCUCAUUGUUGUGAUUUUUCCAAGCUUUGGGGAGAGAUACCUGUCGUCUGUGCUGUUUGAGUCAGUGAGACGGGAGGCUGAAAGCAUGACUUUUGAGCCUUGAUCUUGGCUCCCCAGUUCCUGGCUUAUUGCAACCUUCCGACUGCAGAACUUUUAAAAGUUGAUCUACAAGAUAGAUUAUGGCUUAAGACAAUACAGUUGUGGCAUCUGGGUUGUAUCUUGGUUCCCAU